GAGGGAGGGCAAAAGGAAGAGAGUUAGAAAAAAAAAAAUAGAAAGAGUGAGUGAAGCAGAGAAAGAGAGGGAGGAAGUGAGAGCAGUGGUUUAGCCUGUAGUCUCAGCUGUCGACGGGGAAGAAGUUUGAUUUAACGGUGACUGCGCCACUCGGUGAUUGUUAGCCACCCUCUGAAAGGCGUCCCGCACCCUACAAGCAGCUACCAUGUCAGACGCAGACAAGUUCCUGUACGUGGACCGUAAUCUGGUCAACAACCCACUGGCACAGGCGGACUGGGCCUCCAAGAAGCUGGUAUGGGUGCCAUCAGAGCGCCUGGGCUUCGAGGCCGGCUCGGUGAAGGAGGAGCAUGGCGAUGAGUGUGUGGUGGAGCUGGCGGACUCUGGUAAAAAGAUCAGGGUGAACAAGGACGACAUCCAGAAGAUGAACCCGCCCAAGUUCAGCAAGGUGGAGGACAUGGCCGAGCUCACCUGCCUGAACGAGGCCUCCGUGCUGCACAACCUGAAGGAGAGAUACUACUCUGGACUCAUAUAUACGUACUCCGGUCUCUUCUGUGUCGUCAUAAACCCCUACAAGAACCUGCCCAUCUACUCGGAGGAGAUCGUUGAAAUGUACAAGGGCAAGAAGAGGCACGAGAUGCCGCCUCAUAUCUAUGCCAUCACUGACACAUCGUACAGAAGCAUGAUGCAGGAUCGUGAAGACCAGUCCAUCCUCUGCACAGGAGAGUCUGGUGCUGGAAAGACGGAGAACACCAAGAAGGUCAUCCAGUACUUGGCUCACGUGGCCUCUUCUCACAAGACCAAGAAAGAUCAGAACAGCUCGGUCCUGUCACAUGGGGAGCUGGAGAAGCAGCUGCUGCAGGCUAACCCCAUCCUCGAAGCCUUUGGAAAUGCCAAGACUGUCAAAAAUGACAACUCCUCCAGAUUCGGAAAAUUCAUCAGGAUCAACUUUGACGUCAACGGUUACAUCGUUGGUGCCAAUAUUGAAACCUACUUGCUGGAGAAAUCGCGUGCCAUCCGCCAGGCCAAAGAGGAGAGGACCUUCCAUCUCUUCUACUACUUGCUCACAGGGGCUGGAGACAAACUGCGCCGUGACCUCCUCCUUGAAAAUUACAACAACUACCGUUUCCUUUCCAACGGGAACGUUACGAUUCCAGGGCAGCAGGACAAGGAUCUAUUUACAGAGACCAUGGAGGCCAUGAGGAUCAUGGGUAUUCCGGAGGAGGAGCAGCUGGGCAUGCUGAAGGUGGUGUCCUCUGUGCUGCAGCUCGGCAACAUGAGCUUUAAGAAGGAGCGCCACACAGACCAGGCCUCCAUGCCUGACAACACAACUGCCCAGAAGGUGUGCCACCUCAUGGGCAUGAAUGUCACAGACUUCACCAGGGCCAUCUUGUCACCCAGGAUCAAGGUGGGCAGAGACUACGUCCAGAAGGCCCAGACACAGGAGCAGGCUGAGUUUGCUGUGGAGGCCCUGGCCAAGGCCACGUAUGAGAGGAUGUUCCGCUGGCUCGUCAUGAGGAUCAACAAAGCCCUGGACAAGACCAAGAGACAGGGGGCCUCCUUCAUUGGCAUCCUGGAUAUCGCUGGCUUUGAGAUCUUUGAGCUGAACUCGUUCGAGCAGCUGUGCAUCAACUACACCAAUGAGAAGCUGCAGCAGCUCUUCAACCACACCAUGUUCAUCCUGGAGCAGGAGGAGUACCAGAGGGAGGGCAUCGAGUGGAGCUUCAUCGACUUUGGCCUCGACCUGCAGCCCUGCAUCGACCUUAUUGAGAAACCUGCCAAUCCCCCUGGUAUCCUGGCUCUGCUGGAUGAGGAGUGCUGGUUUCCCAAGGCCACAGAUAAGAGCUUUGUGGAGAAGGUGCUGCAGGAGCAGGGCACACACCCCAAGUUUUUCAAGCCCAAGAAACUGAAGGACGAGGCAGACUUCUGCGUCAUUCACUAUGCUGGAAAGGUGGACUACAAAGCUGGCGAGUGGCUGAUGAAGAACAUGGACCCGCUGAAUGACAACGUGGCCACGCUGCUCAACCAGUCCACUGACAAGUUUGUCUCUGAGCUGUGGAAGGAUGUGGACCACAUUGUAGGUCUGGAUAAGGUGUCCGGCAUGUCUGAGAUGCCCGGUGCCUUUAAGACCCGUAAGGGCAUGUUCCGCACAGUGGGCCAGCUGUACAAGGAGCAGCUGUCCAAGCUCAUGGCCACUCUGAGGAACACAAACCCCAACUUUGUCCGCUGCAUCAUCCCCAACCAUGAGAAAAAGGCUGGUAAACUGGACCCCCACCUGGUUCUGGACCAGCUGAGGUGCAAUGGUGUGCUGGAGGGGAUCCGUAUCUGCAGACAGGGCUUCCCCAAUCGCAUCGUCUUCCAGGAGUUCAGACAGAGGUAUGAAAUCCUCACUCCCAAUGCCAUCCCCAAGGGCUUCAUGGAUGGAAAACAGGCCUGUGUGCUCAUGAUCAAAAGCCUGGAGCUGGAUUCCAACCUGUACCGCAUCGGCCAGAGUAAAGUUUUCUUCAGAGCCGGAGUCCUCGCUCACCUGGAGGAGGAGAGAGACAUGAAGAUCACAGACAUCAUCAUCAGUUUCCAGGCCUGGUGCCGAGGCUAUGUGGCCCGCAAGGCAUUUGCUAAGAGACAGCAGCAGCUGACUGCGAUGAAGGUGAUCCAGAGGAACUGUGCCGCUUACCUUAAACUCAGGAACUGGCAGUGGUGGAGGCUCUUCACCAAGGUGAAGCCUCUGCUGCAAGUCAGCAGGCAGGAGGAGGAGAUGCAGGCCAAGGAUGAAGAGCUGAACAAGGUGAAGGAGAAGCACCUGUAUGCUGAGCAGCAGCUCCAGGAGUUGGAGGACAAACAGCAGCAGCUGAAUGCUGAGAAGAUGGCCCUGCAGGAACAGCUCCAGGCAGAAACGGAGCUCUGCGCUGAGGCUGAGGAGAUGAGAGCCCGUCUGGCUGCCAGGAAGCAGGAGCUGGAGGAGAUCCUGCACGACCUGGAGGCCCGGGUGGAGGAGGAGGAACAGCAGCUGGAUGAGGAGGAGGCAGCCAGACAGAAGCUGCAGCUGGAGAAGGUCACCCAGGAGGCCAAGUUGAAGAAGAUAGAAGAGCAUGUUAUGGUUCUUGAUGAUCAGAACAACAAACUAAACAAGGAGAAGAAGUUGCUGGAGGAGAGGAUCUCCGAGUUCACCACCAACCUGGCAGAGGAGGAGGAGAAGUCAAAGAGCCUGCAGAAACUAAAGAACAAACAUGAGGCCAUGAUCACAGACCUGGAGGACCGCCUGCGCAGGGAGGAGAAGCAGCGUCAGGAGCUGGAAAAGAACCGGCGCAAGCUGGAGGGCGACUUUACUGAGACCCACGACCAGAUUUCUGAGCUGCAGGCCCUGAUCGCUGAGCUCCGUGCCCAGCUAGCCAAGAAGGAGGAAGAGCUCCAGGCAGCUUUAGCCAGGAUCGAGGAGGAGGCAGCACAGAAGAACCUGGCGCAAAAGAAGAUCCGUGAGUUGGAGGCUCAGCUCUCUGAAUUGCAGGAGGACUUGGAGCUGGAGAAGCAGGCUCGCGCCAAGGCCGAGAAACACCGCAGGGACCUGGGAGAAGAACUGGAGGCCCUGAAGACUGAGCUGGAGGACACUCUGGACUCCACUGCUGCUCAGCCGGAACUCAGGUCCAAGCGUGAGACCGAGGUGGCACAGCUUAAAAAGACUCUGGAAGAGGAGGCCAAAGUCCACGAGUUGCAGCUGGUUGAGAUGAGACAGAAGCAUAGUCAGGCCUUUGACGAGCUCAAUGAGCAGCUGGAGCAGGCUAAGAGGAACAAAGUGUCGAUGGAGAAGGCCAAGCAGGCUCUGGAGUCCGAGAGGAACGAGCUCACUAUUGAGCUGCAGACUCUGAUGCAGGGGAAAGGAGACUCAGAGCAUCGCAGGAAAAAGGCUGAAGCUCAGCUCCAGGAGCUACAGCUCAAAUACACAGAAAGCGAACGCCAGAGGGUGGAGCUCUCUGAGAAACUGACCAAAGUGCAGGCUGAGCUGGAGAAUGUCAGCACCGUUUUGAGUGAUAUAGAGAGCAAGUCCAUCAAAGCAACCAAAGACUGCUCCGCUGUGGAGUCCCAGCUGCAGGAUGUUCAGGAGCUCCUCCAGGAGGAGACACGGCAGAAACUGGCGCAGAGCACGCGCCUGCGCCAGCUGGAGGAGGAACAGCACAACCUGAGAGAGCAGCUGGAGGAAGAAGAGGAAGCCAAGAAGAAUGUGGAGAAGCAGCUUCAGGCGGUGCAGGCUCAGCUUGCUGAAAUGAAGAAGAAGGUGGAGCAGGACGCCAGCUGUUUGGAGAGUGCGGAGGAGGGAAAAAAGAGGUUUCAAAGGGACCUGGAGGCAACAAACCUGCGCCUGGAGGAGAAAUGUACUGCCUACGAGAAGCUGGACAAAACCAAGACACGUCUCCAGCAGGAGCUGGACGACCUGCUGGUAGACCAGGACCACCUCCGGCAGAUUGUCUCCAACUGGGAGAAGAAGCAGAAGAAGUUUGACCAGAUGCUGGCGGAGGAGAAGACCAUCUCCACCCGCUACGCAGAGGAGCGUGACCGAGCUGAAGCUGAAGCUCGUGAGAAAGAGACCCGGGCUCUGGCUUUAACCCGUGAGCUGGAGUCUCUGAGGGACAUCAAGGAAGAACUGGACCGUAACAGCAAAAUGCUGCGGGCUGAGAUGGAGGACCUGGUCUCCUCCAAGGAUGACGUUGGCAAGAGUGUCCACGAGCUGGAGAAGGCCAAGCGUGCAAUGGAGCAGCAGCUGGAGGAGAUGAAGACUCAGCUGGAGGAGCUGGAGGAUGAGCUGCAGGCCACCGAGGACGCCAAGCUGCGCCUGGAGGUCAACAUGCAGGCCAUGAAGGCCCAGUACGAGAGAGACCUGGCAGGACGUGAUGAGAUGGGCGAGGAGAAGAAAAGAGCACUGGUCAAACAGGUGCGGGAGAUGGAGAAUGAGCUGGAGGAUGAGAGGAAGCAGCGUUCUGCCGCUGUGGCCGCACGCAAGAAGCUGGAGCUGGACCUGAAGGAGCUGGAGGCCGGCAUUGACAUGGCCAACAAGAACCGCGACGAGGCCCUGAAGCAACUGAAGAAACUCCAAGCCCAGUUGAAGGAUCUUAUCCGGGAGCUGGACGACACUCGCAUGUCCAGGGAGGAGAUCCUUGCCCAGAGCAAAGAGACUGAGAAGAAGCUGAAGGGCAUGGAGGCCGACAUGCUCCAGAUGCAGGAGGAGGUGGCAGCUGCAGAGCGAGUGAAGCGACAGGCCCUGCAGGAGAGAGACGAGCUGCAGGAUGAGAUUAAUAACCAGGCUAGCAAGAAUGCUCAGAUUGCAGAGGAGAGAAGGCGCCUGGAGGCUCGUAUUGCUCAGCUGGAGGAGGAGCUGGAGGAGGAGCAGUGCAACACCGAGCUGAUCAACGACAGGCUGAAGAAAGCAAUGCUGCAGACUGACCAGAUGAAUGUGGAGCUGACAGCGGAGCGCAGCACCUCUCAGCGGGUAGAGGGGGCUCGGGCUCAGAUGGAGCGACAGAACAAGGAGCUGAAACUGAAGCUGCAGGAGCUGGAGGGAACAGUCAAGUCCAAGUACAAGGCCAACAUGGCUGCCCUGGAGGCCAAGAUCGCUCAGCUGGAGGAACAGCUGGACAUGGAGAGCAGGGAGAGGCAGGCCGCCACCAAGCUUGUGAGACGCACAGAGAAGAAGCUGAAGGAAGUCAUCCUGCAGGUGGACGACGAGAGACGCAACACAGAGCAGUACAAGGACCAGGCUGACAAGCUCAACUCCCGCAUCAAGCAGCUGAAGCGUUCGCUGGAGGAGGCUGAGGAGGAGGCUCAGAGAGCAAACGCCAACCGAAGGAAACUGCAGAGGGAGCUGGAGGACGCCACUGAGUCGGCAGACGCCAUGAAUCGUGAAGUCAACACCCUCAAGAGCAAACUCAGGCGUGGCGACCUCCCCUUCCCCAUACGCCGUGCUGUUCCCCGCGUUGGCAUAGAGAGCGACGAGGAGAGCGAGGCCAAGACCCCGACUGAGACUCCCGAGCCCAAGCCUGAAUGAACAUCCGCAGUGCUGCUCGACUCCACAGAACCACAUCACAACACAGACCCACAAACACAUGAGCACACAUCACUGUAGCUGCUGAACAGCGUCUCCUCGUGUUUAGUCACGUCGCAGUCUCACUGACAAUCUAUGCAUUCUUAACACACACACACACACACACAGAUGCCAGUAAACUCGGACAAUCACCACGCUGACACACACACACACACACACACACACACACACAUGUAGGUUAUUUUGGGGCCAAAUUGUUCUUUUGCUUCAUCUUUCAUUCUUUUGGAAAAAUAAAAAAAAAAUAUUUUUGUAAGGAAACAUUCCAGCCCUGCAUUUUUCUAAUCGAGGCCAGAAAUCAAAGAAACAUAAAUGAAGAGUGAUUUCUGGAGGAGGACCAAAGUAAUAUCAGUCUGUAGAACUGUAUUUUAUGCUGAAGUUUUUAUAACGUUAAAAAUGGAAGUGCUUCAUGUUUAUUAUGCUCUCGCCUCAGUUUAUAUAAUGAAGGUUUAUAUGCUGAAACGUAUUCUGUCAGUGUAGCUGCAGUUAGCACUUGAGACUAUGCUUUGGCCUUAAGAACAUGACACACACACACACACACACACACACAGUUCAUGUGGAAACAAUUGGAGCCAGAUGUCAAGUAACAAUUGGAGACUGUCGACAUGAAGGCAGUCUAUUUGUGACUGUGCUGGAAUUUAUUAAUUAUGCACUGAGAUGAAUAAAACACACUUUAGCCUAGACAUUACAAACCACUGCCACACUGACAGACAACGGAGCCCGUGCACGGACGCCAACACACACUAAGGCCUUAAAUGCAGCUGCAUUCUACUGGGUAGGGUUGUCGGCUUCUUUCUGGACACACAUUGAUCUUUGUGCUUAUCACUAUCAGUGGUUUUGUUUGUUCAGGGUGGUGGGCUACUUGGUUACUCACAGGACACACUGUAUUCUCGGGGCACAGUUUGCUGAGGCGGUGACAAACCAAAGGCGAUUCGUCGCCGUUACCUGUGUGCGGGGGUUGGGCCCCUCGCAGGCUGUGCUCAGGGCGGCUUCUGCUCAUACUGCUGGCAAGUGAGAGGAAAAUGUUGGCUCACAUUGGAAUCCAUCCUGUCUCUCACACUUUGAAACAAACAAAAUCCAAAUCAAGAAAAUAAACUGAAUCUACUUAA